ACGCACAGACACAUGUACAUACAUACACAGACACAUGUAUGUACAUGCACACAGACACAUGUACACACAUACAUGUACAUACACACAGACACAUGUACAUGCAUACACAGACACACACGUACACACACACCCCUAUAAAAAGUUGCAGUACUUUGUUGUUCACUCACAGAGCCGGGUACUGCACUCUAGAGGGAGGCAGAGAGCACAGCACACACUCCUUCCUUUGCUUUCACUGCGCUCAGCUAUUGAGCAGUCUGACGGCUCCCAGUGCCAAUGACAGAUCCGGCCUGAGCUCCGAGCCUGCUCAGCAAGAUGGCCCUGGGGGACACACUCGCCCCCCAUCAUAAUUUCCACUCGCCAUUGGCGAGCAGGCGAGUGGAAGUUUCAAGACCUGCUCUA